AUGAAAUCAAUUGCAAAGAUUUGAUUUCGCUGUAAACAUAAAAGCGAUACUAUAAAAGUUUAAUUUUUACUAUCUGUAGUGGCCUAGAAUAUUACGUUUUUAUUUUAAUUUUAAAAUAUUUAAAAAAGUAGCAUAAUUUUCUAAGAAAAUAUAAAAAUGUUCGUAAAAGAAGGAUUAUUCUGUUUCGUUUUAUUCACAUGUUUAUUGAUGACCCAAAGUCGCCCUCAAGRGGACUCCAUGACUAAAACUUCAGAAAAACUAGAACCAUACGAAUACCAAUACAAAGUGGAAGAUAAGCCAAGUGGAAAUUACUACGGACAAAACGAAAUUGGUAAAGAAACAGGCCGCAUAGAAGGAUCAUACUUUGUAUAUCUUCCGGAUGGUAGACUCAUGACGGUAACAUACUACGUUGAUGGAGAAAGUGGUUUUGUACCCAAAAUCACCUUCCAAGAUAACGCUAGCCCAUUUGGCAAUACUGAAUCAAAUUCUAUUCAGAGAAGAUGAAAAAUUAUUUAUAUAGUUUKUUUACUUUUGAUUAAAUAUUUUCCAUUUAAAAAAUGUAAGCUAUCGAAUAAAUGUACAAAUAUCAUUGGAACAACUAUAUUAGCUAAAAUAAUUUAUACAUUAUACAGUAUUAAAUAUUGUUGGUACCUGUUGUAUGUAAACAUAAUGUAAUCGAAAAAAAGAUAUUUUUAUUUUUUUGUACUUAAUAUAAGCUUCAAAAUUAAUUUUAAAACUACAGAUUCUUCUUAAUGUACACAAUUGAAAAUCAAUCCGUCAUUAAUAAGAAUUUUACGUAGGCAUAUAGCAAUGUAUGUAACGUAUGAGACCGCGUCAAUGCCACAUACCUGUAUAUACAUUUAUAUAUAAUUUUGAAUAUAUUUUAAUUAAUAAGGUUUUAAUAAACAGGUAUUAKUAUGUACAAUGCUAUUUUAAAUUGUUAAAUUUGUAUUUCGAUUAUUCUUUUUAAAGCAUAUGAUUUUGAAAAUGGUAUAAAAUUAAUAAAUGCUAAAACAGCUGUUAUAAUAUGUAAUAUAAAUAUGUUUGCGUUGUUUCGCUGUUUUUGCAUGUACGAGAUACAACGUACAACCUUAAUAAACUACAAAUAAUUCUA